GGUGCAAAAAUAUAUAAAGCUUCAUAAUCAACCCAAGAUCCCACAGAGCAAACAUGAACGAUAUCGCCCAAAAGGCUGAGAUUCUGCUUUCUUCAUCUAAACCUGUCCCCAAAACCUAUGUACCAAAACUUGGCAAGGGCGAUGUAAAGGAUAAGUUUGAAGCCAUGCAGAAAGCCAGGGAAGAAAGGAAUCAACGGAGAUCUAGAGACGAAAAGCAAAGAAGAAAAGAACAAUAUAUUAGAGAGAGAGAAUGGAACAGGAGAAAGCAGGAGAUGAAAGAAAUGCUUGGUUCUGAUGAUGAGGGAGAGAUGUCUUCUAAAGUAGAGAAGGCUUAUGUCCCAAAGCUAACAGGAACGGUUAAAGGUAGAUUUGCUGAAAUGGAGAAACAAAGACAAGAAGAACAAAGGAAGAGAACAGAGGAGGAACGGAAGCGGAGAAUCGAGCAGGACAUGUUAGAAAAGAGGAAAAUACAGCGUGAACUUGCAAAAAGGGCUGAGCAGACUGAGGACAUAAACAGAACGGGAACUGAAUCAGCAUCAGAGGAAGGAGAUGAUUCUCUGCUGAUAACAGUGGUGCCUGUCAAAUCAUGCCACACGUCUGGAAAGAUGAAAAAUAAUUUUGAGGAUCUAGCAAAGGAAGGCGGAGAGGAAGGAAGGCUGAAGCAUGAGGAAGACAGAAGAGCCAGAGGCCACGGACAGCUGCGCCCUCUCAAGGAGGCCGGGAGCCUUUCGUUGGUCAGGGAGGACGAACUGGAGAGUGUGGCCAGACAGGAAGCCCUUUCUCCUGGAAAACUGAAGCUCACUUUUGAAGAAUUGGAGCGCCAGAGACAAGAAAGCCGAAAGAGGCAAGCUGAAGAGGAAGCCCGGCAGCGCCGGGAAGAGGAGAAGCGAGCUUUCGAAGAAGCCAGGCGGCAGAUGGCAAACGAGGAGGAGGAAAACGACAACACAGAGCACAUGCUUAAAGGCUGUCGCCCUGGCAAACUCAGACUCAGUUUUGAGGAAAUGGAGAGGCAAAGGCGAGAAGACGAAAAAAGGAAGGCCGAGGAAGAAGCCAGGAGGAGGAUGGAGGAGGAGAAGAGGGCGUUUGCCGAAGCCCGGAGAAGCAUGGUUGUAGACGACGAUUCCCCAGAGAUGUAUAAAACAAUGUCUCAAGAAUCUCUUACACCGGGAAAACUGGAAAUUAAUUUUGAAGAAUUACUGAGACAAAAAAUGGAAGAAGAAAAGCGACGAACAGAGGAGGAACGGAAGCACAAGCUUGAGAUGGAGAAACAGGAGUUCGAGCAACUGAGACAGGAAAUGGGAGAGGAAGAGGAAGAAAGUGAAACCUUUGGACUGAGCAGAGAAUACGAAGAAUUGAUUAAAUUAAAAAGGAGUGGCUCUAUUCAAGCUAAAAAUCUAAAAAGCAAGUUUGAAAAAAUUGGACAGCUGUCUGAAAAAGAAAUACAGAAAAAGAUAGAAGAAGAACGAGCAAGAAGGAGAGCAAUUGACCUUGAAAUUAAAGAGCGAGAAGCAGAAAACUUCCAUGAGGAAGAAGAUGUUGAUGUCAAGCCUGCCAAAAAAAGCGAGGCACCAUUUACUCACAAAGUGAAUAUGAAAGCUAGAUUUGAACAGAUGGCUAAGGCAAGAGAAGAAGAAGAACAAAGAAGAAUUGAAGAACAAAAGUUACUACGCAUGCAGUUUGAGCAAAGAGAAAUCGAUGCAGCACUACAAAAGAAAAGAGAGGAGGAGGAGGAGGAAGAGGGCAGCGUCGUGAACGGCACCGCCGUGGAAGACCAAGAGCCCGCCAGGUCGGGAGCUCCGUGGUUCAGGAAGCCCCUCAAGAACACGUCUGUGGUGGACGGCGAGCCCGUGAGAUUCACCGUGAAGGUCACGGGCGAGCCCAGGCCGGAAGUCACGUGGUGGUUCGAGGGCGAGAUGCUGCAGGACGGGGAGGACUACCAGUACAUCGAAAGGGGCGAGACGUACUGCCUUUACUUGCCGGAGACGUUCCCGGAGGACGGAGGCGAGUACAUGUGCAGCGCGGCCAACGGCAGGGGCUCUGCGGCGAGCACCUGCCUCCUGACCAUCGAAAGUAAGGACUGACUGCCCCUAGUCCGAGCUUUAUCCCGCCCGAAACACCCCCCAAUCACUUUUCUUCUUCUCUUUUAGCUGAUGGCUACUAGCUCCCCUCCUCUCCCUCCCUCCCACUUUCUCGCUCCACCCGUCCUUUCUGUGGCGGGGCCCAAAGGCAGACCAGAAGGGCCACUCUGCUGCCUUCUGACUCCUUUCGCAGCGGCCUCCAACAAAGCUCACCUGAGGAACACCUUCCUUUCCACACGAGCACCAGGUCUCUCGCCACAUCACGCAGCCCCAGUCGAUAAAACGUGUUUGGGGAGGGGGUGUGGGAAAUUGCUUUGAUUCUCCUCUCAGGACGGUAUUACAAAGGCCGUGCACUUCCCGUAGGAGUUCACAGCAACAAUGCUGGAAAAAACCCACGAGUGGAACACAUUGUGUUGCAUGAACGAAUGCCACCGAUGCGUUUUCUGCAGCCAAAGUCAGGCUGCAACGGCUGAGACAGUGAACCUGGAGCCCAUCACAGGGCUCUCUCCUUGAGUCUUUCCAGUCUCGCGGAAGCCGACAUGCUGUGGAGUGUGGAGUGUCGCUCCCUUCGCAGGAAGGGGGAGCAUGCAGAAAAAAAUCAAAGAAUUUUCAAGAAAUACUGCCCAUACAGUGUUCUGAGCAUUGAGGAUAGUAAACGUGUAUUUUCUAAAUGUGCAUAACAUAGAAUUAAAUUUUAUAAAGCAAA